AUGGCGGCCACAACGACCACAAACCGCAAUCCCGACAAUCUCCCCCUCCCACCUCAGCAUCCGCUCCAACGCCUGCGUGCCCCGUCGCGCGACCUCUCGGCGGCGCUGCACGCGCUGGGCCUCGCCUCGUUCGCGUAUUCGUACAACUGGCUGCACACGCACCCCAACGACAUCAACUCGGCCUACGGCUGGCACUUCCAAUACCUGACCAUCAUCGGGCUGACGCUGGCGACGGUGACGUUCCUGCUCGCCCUGCUGGCCGACCUGACGCUCAGCCCGGCCAUCUUCACGGCCAAGAACAAGCUGAGCAUGUGCGCGGCGCCGCUCGAGCUGCUCGUCUCGCUCCUGUACUGGGGUCUGCGGCUCGUGGACCCGGCGCUGGUGGUGCCCCCGGAGCUCGAACUGCCCGUGGGCGCGGACCUCAGCUUCCACGCCGCGCCCGCCGCUUUUCUCCUGCUCGAUCUCCUCGGGUUCAGUCCGCCGUGGGGCAUCACGGUGUUGCCGAGCUUGGCCGUGUCGUGCGCCAUCGCGCUGGCGUACUGGUUCUGGAUCGAGCUGUGCUAUAGCUACAAUGGCUUUUAUCCGUAUCCUUUGUUUGCGCUGCUGGGCAGUGGCCAGCGAAUGGGUUUGUUUGGAGUGAGUGCCUUGUUGAUGGCGUGGAAUACGGUCGUCUUGAAGUGGGUUUAUGGCCGCGUCAAUGGGGUGGAGGGAAGGCAGCGGAGGUGA